CACAGGAUGGCCAUAAUAUAUCCAGGAAUCACCAGGGUGUAUUUCACAGCUGGAGCAGGGAGAAACCUCCAUCUUUAUCUUUCCUUCUUCCUUCCUCUCCUUUUUCCUUUGUCCUGAACCCUGAUGGUGUUUCUUUGUCCAUCUCACUGUCCUUUUGCCUGUACCUGUCUGCAUCUGCUGCUCAGUCCCUCUCCCUCACUGUACCCUUCUCUUUAUAACCCCCUGUCCUGCUGCCCAUCCCUCUGUGUCUUCCCCCCACACCCACCUGCUGUGCUCAUUUUCUCCCUCUGUCCUUCCUGUGUGUUUACCACUGUCUUUCUAUUUCUCCUUCUCCACACCUCACUCAGUUUCCUUUUUAUUCCCUGUUGCUCUGUCCUGCUCCCUGUGCCAUUGUUUCUCACUAGAUCCUUCUGUCCUGUUCUCUGUCCCUUCUCUUUUUAAUCCCUCUCUAUCAUGCUGCCCAUCCCAGUUGUUUGUAUUUCACCUCCAUCCUGCACCCUCUUCUACCUUUUCUUCCUGUGUCCUCUCUGCUCCCACUCCCUCUUUCUGCCUCUCCUCUGCUGGAUGGGUCAGUGAGCACACAUGGGGAUCCAGGAGUGUUGGAAUGUGAAAAACAGAGGCUUCUCUGAGUUCUUCAGAGAGAUAUCAAAAUAAAGUUUUUUUUUAUUAAAAUCUCUAGAGAAAUUAAAAUAUAUUAACCCACUCAGACAUGAAAUAGAGGUGUAAGCUUUAGUUUUAAGUAAGUAAGUAAGUUUAAGUAAUUAAGAGUAUGUUUUAAGUGCCUUAAAGAGCAAAAGCCUUAGAAUCUGGUGUAAAAAUUAAGCUUCAAAAACAAGCUUCAGUGAGAGCUCAAAAACAGAGUUCUAGACAUAAUAUAAAGUAAUAUAGUAAGAAUAUUGCUUACAUUCUUCAGACAGAACAGAUAGGCUAUAUGCAGAAUUUAUGCAUAAACUUGCAUAUUACAGAACUAGAAUUCUAAUAGGUUUAUAAGAAAUGCUUCAGAUUCAUGAUUUUAGCUCAUAGGGUAAAUAAAUUUGUAAAUAAUCUGUGCAUUGGGGUGAGAAUCUCUUUCUCCCUCUCUCCUCACUGCCUGGAAGAAUAAAAGAGCUGCUGCUGCAACUUCUACCUCUGUUCAGGACUCUGUACCAAAAGUUUUUAGCAUGGACUUUAACACUUGGAUCUCCUUGUCUCUGGGACUGAUGUGCUUCUACAAAUGGAGCAAAGUUUAUAAAUAUUGGGAUGUUUUGAUAAACUUGGGUUUUGUUGACAUUUCUAUUAAUGAUUGUUAAAUGCGGAGAGAUAACGGGACAGAUAGGAAAAUGGAGUUUGUCCCCACACUUGUUUUUAUUUAUUAUUUAUGCUUAUGUACAUGUUUAUCAUAUUUAUAUAUAUAUAUAUAUGUGUAUUAUUAUACAUAUGUCUGUGUGUCUCACCUAUAAUCUUUAUGAAUCUGCCAGGCUCUGGGGAGAUUUACUUCCUCAGAAAAUGAAAGAUUCCAGUGCAUAUCAUGGUAGGCAUUGGUGCAAUAUGGGGUUUUACUGAGAAUUACCUGAAUGGGUGCUUAAACUGAGAUACCUGCUCUUAAACCUUGUUAAAAGAGGGCCUAAUUCUAGGAAAUAAAACUAUUUGUCUGUCCCACAUGGUGGUGCCCUUUGGUUUAAUAAGAGUGAGUUUUUCCACAGUACUGAUUUAAAUUAAUAAUAACAGUUAAAUAAAACAGUACUGACUUAAAUAAAAUUAUUGGCAUAAUUUAGCUCCACUUAAGGGACUUUUAGAGUUGUCAUUUUUUAUUUCAUUCUCUCAAAGCAAAUUCCAUUACAAGUACAGGAGCUGUUUUUGCAGUAUUAAACACUUUUUCUUCUUUACUUCUGUCAACAGUAACUUCUCCUGUACUAUGCCCUGUGGUGUUUGAUGUGGGCUGGUUUUGUUUUUUUAAAGAAAAUAUUUAUGGCUAUUUUUGUCCACAGUGUUUCUGCCUUUUACUAACAUUUCCCAAUUAAUUAAAUUUUAAAUUUUUUUUUUUUUUGGUGUGAUAUAGACAUAAUUAUUUUUUCCUAUGCAUAAUUACCUUUGUUAUGUGAAUAUUGUGUUUCAUGUUAUAUCCCUCUUGCCCUUCAUAAUUAUCAUGUUUUUCAUCUUCAGCCCACUUUUGGUGCCUUAUUUUUAUAUAUUAUAGGCUUUCUUUUCAUGUCAAUACAAUCUUACUAAACCUGUCCAGAACCUAUUGUAUUAUUGUGCCUGUGGGUAAUUAUGGAAUUAUUUUGUCAGUAAAACCUUGUUCCUAUAGAAAGCAUUUGGAACUGGCCACAAAUGCAAAAGCUCAGCCCAAACCAAGAAGAGCUUUUCACUGCCCAGCUCUGCCUUUCCCCAAGUCAGUGAUUUUUGAAGAGCACCAGCAGAUGGGGCUGAGCUGCUGCAGUGAAGCGCUUCCAGCACACACAGUGCAGAGCAGGGAAGGGGGAAAUGCAGGUGGGCUGGAGCAGGUUAACUCCUGCUGUCUGGUGACUCUUGCAGGAGAGGAAGCGCUGCAGGGGGAGGCACCAAGGGCUGUAGAUCCGCAGCAGCUGGUGCCCCUGGGGGGUGUGUACCACAUCGAUGCCCUGCAGCUGCCGCCCCAGCCCCAGGACGUCGGGGACUGGAGCAUGGUGCAGCUGCUGGACAUUGGAUUGGAGAUGUAUCCUUAUUCCCCAGGAGAGGCUGAAGAUGGCACACAGGAAGCAGUACAGAUAACCCUGAGGCUUCCUGAUAAUGUGAUUUAUUUUCAAGUGCCUGUGGUAGCCAGAUGGGAGCCUGCAGGCCAGCAGUGGAGAACUGAUGGCAUCAGCAACAUAACCUAUGAAGCAGAAGAAAAGAGCAUCUCCUUUCAGAUGGGUGCCUUUUGUCCAGUAGCCCUUCUCCAGGAUGCUCACCUGAACCUGCCCUAUCAGGCCUGGGAAUUGCACCCUACUGGUGUGGAUGGACUCUUCACAGUUACUGCAGUCUUUGCAACCAUUCAGAUACAAAUUAAGGUAAGAGAACAUCUUACAGCAGGCUCUCCUGAAGACAACAACUGGUCUCUUUAUAUGUUCAGUGGUGAGAAAGUACAAAACCUCAAGCUCACUGAAACCAGUGAAGCUUUUUCAGAAGACCUGGAAGAGGAGUCUGAAUUUCAUUCCACACUCUACCAUAUGCUCAAGGAUACUGCCAGCAACAAAGCCAUGGAUAAAGUGGAAGGAGCUGGCUUCCUGUUUAUUGAUUCUGUGUAUCAGCUGCUUCAUGCUACCAGAGUUUUAGCACACUUAGAUACUGCAUGCUUUCCUUUAAAACUUUAUUAUCAAAAGCUUUCAAUAAAGUUACAUUUCAAGUCUUAAAUCCUUUUCUAUUCAAAUCAUUGAAACAGGAUCUAAAAUGCAAACAUUUUAUUUUUGUUCAAGCAAAAUAAACUCUUUAUUCUUUUGUGGCUA